GGGAAGAGUUUUACUCAUCAGAGUGCUCUCCAACGACACCAGCGCAUUCACACAGGAGAGAAGCCGUUUCACUGCUCACAGUGUGGAAAGAGUUUUACUCAUCAGAGUGCUCUCCAACGACACCAGCGCAUUCACACAGGAGAGAAGCCGUUUCACUGCUCACAGUGUGGGAAGAGUUUUACUCAUCAGAGUGAUCUCCAAAAACACCAGCGCAUUCAUACAGGAGAGAAGCCGUUUCACUGCUCACAGUGUGGGAAGAGUUUUACUUCUCAGAGUACUCUCCGACGACACCAGCGCAUUCACACAGGAGAGAAGCCGUAUCACUGCUCACAGUGUGGGAAGAGUUUUACUCAUCAGAGUACUCUCCAACAACACCAGCGCAUUCACACAGGAGAGAAGCCGUAUCACUGCUCACAGUGUGGGAAGAGUUUUCCUCAUCAGAGUCAUCUCCGACGACACCAGCGCAUUCACACAGGAGAGAAGCCGUAUCACUGCUCACAGUGUGGGAAGAGUUUUGCUCAUCAGAGUAAUCUCCAACGACACCAGCGCAUUCACACAGGAGAGAAGCCGUAUCACUGCUCACAGUGUGGAAAGAGUUUUACUCGUCAGAGCACUCUCCAAACACACCAGCGCAUUCACACAGGAGAGAAACCGUAUCACUGCUCACAGUGUGGGAAGAGUUUUACUCAUCAGAGUCAUUUCCGACGACACCAGCGCAUUCACACAGGAGAGAAGCCGUAUCACUGCUCACAGUGUGGAAAGAACUUCCAUUGCAAUAGUCAUCUCCAAAAACACCAGCGCAUUCACACAGGAGAGAAGCCGUAUCACUGCUCACAGUGUGGGAAGAGUUUUACUUGUCAGCGUGAUCUCCAACAACACCAGCGCAUUCACACAGGAGAGAAGCCGUAUCACUCUCAGUGUGGGAAGAGUUUUACUCAGCAGAGUCAUCUCCAAAAACACCAGCGCAUUCACACAGGAGAGAAGCCGUUUCACUGCUCACAGUGUAGGAAGAGUUUUACUCACCAGAGUCAUCUCCAAAAACACCAGCGCAUUCACACAGGAGAGAAGCCGUAUCGCUGCUCACAGUGUGGGAAGAGUUUUACUCAUCAGAGUCAUCUCCAACGACACCAUCGCAUUCACACAAGAUAG